AUUUUAGUUUUUUAGAAUCGUCGACAAGAGUUAUUUAAUCAACAUUGGUGUUAACUUUUUUUGCGCCUGGGAAAAUAUGCAAUUAGUGGGCUCUCCGUGAUUUGGAUUCCAUUCAGCAUUUCUUUCUAGUGUGUCCAGUGGCUUCCCUGAGGAGUCAAACCCAGAGUAAACCCAGGGCUAACUUUGUUCAUGGAAAUUUCCCAACAGAGUGCAUGGAAAUUUCUCAGAGUUUCUUUCUUCGCUGGGUUUUUUCCACAAACCCAGAGUUAAUCCAGAGUUAACUCUGGGUUUUAUCUAUCAGGGUUACAAUCUGCAACUGCUGCUGAACAGUCACUCUACUCAACAACUUUCCACAUUUUACGAAUAUGUCAUUCAGUAAGAUUAUCUUCAAUGCCAAUUAUGGUAUUCCAUUUUUGGAUUUUAUGUCGACAUUAAUUUUAUUGAUGUAAUAAAUAUAAUGUAAGAAAGGGCAGGGGAUAUUGGAGAAAUAAUUACGACGUUGAUUAAAUUGUCAUAGUGCGACGUUUCGCUAAAUUAUUUUACCUUCAUCAGGCUCGUCUCAGGUUGUUAAAAAAACCUGGUUGCAGUUGAUCAUUGUUCUAAUCUUUCUGAUAUUAAUCAAUAUAAGAAAGGGCAGGGGAUAUUGGAGAAAUAAUUACGACGUUGAUUAAAUUGUCAUUGUGCAACGUUUCGCUAAAUUAUUUUAGCUUCAUCAGGCUCGUCUCAGGUUGUUAAAAAAACCUGGUUGCAGUUGAUCAUUGUUCUAAUCUUUAUGAUAUUAAUCAAUAGAGGAAAGGCCAGGGGAUAUUGGAGAAAUAAUUACGACGUUGAUUAAAUUCUCAUAGUGCGACGUUUCGCUAAAUUAUUUUAGCGUCAUCAGGCUCGUCUCAGGUUGUUAAAAAAAACCCUCUAGUUACAGUUAAUCGUUUUUCUCAUCUCCAUGAUAUUAAUCAAUAUAAGAAAGGUGAGGGUCAUUAAUUUUAUUAGUCUUUAUCCUGACUGCAUACUAUGACUCGUCAAGGGUUUGAGGAAGCUUAAUGAGAAAAAUCGCAUGAUUCACACCCAAUUGAUUAAAUAAUAAGGGAAUGAAUAACAUCGACCAUUACGUAAUGAACUCAUUUUCGUUUUCAAUAACUGUGAGAUGAAAAGAAGUUGUGAAUUGAGGACCAGUGGUAGUGGUCCCAAGUGGUCCCCCUCGUUAAUGUAAACAUAACCUACAAAUCUGAUGGAAGUUGUCCAUCACAAUGGCGAAAAACAAAUCUGAAAUAGAGACUGUGAGGCAAGAGGCUAUCCUGAAGAAUCCAUGUUUUGAGGAGUCCGAAGGAACGCGGAAGUGUCUAGAGAAAAAUGUUUACGAUCGUAAGCCCUGUUUUUUGUACUUUGAGAACUUCAAACGGUGCAAACAGUUUUGGAAUAUCGUCAAGUGGACGAGGAGAUCUGAAGGGAUUGAACCAGAGUUACCUCCUCCCGAUGAACGAAAGAAGAUAAAAGCUGAGUUUAUGCAGAAAUUGCAUGGACAAUAGGGUUGUAGUAACUAGUAAUAAAAUACUAAAUUAUUUCAUCAAGUA